AUGAAGGCUAGAGCAUGUACCAAAUGUCGACAGUGGAAAGCAAAAUGUGAUAGUUCUGGUAAUACUCCUGGUGGAUGUUCACGAUGUCGCUCUCUCAAACUACAAUGCGUAUUCGACGCCUCGUUCAAACGAGUGUCCAAGGUCAAGCGCAUGCAGCAGAUGGAGUCGGAGAUCAAACAAUUGCGGCAGACUCUCGUUGAAACAGUGCAGACUGGGGAGAUUCCUAACCAGGCCAGUGCGCACGAAGAAGAGGCCACACUUUCUGAAGACUGGGCAACUCAACUUUCCGACAUCCCGGGGGUAACUCAACCCCUUCCACCGACGCAGUAUGGCCUUGAAAUGUUACCUCAGACAGACGCCCUGACCAAACCAGCCGCUGUCGUCGUCGAGCCUUCCGCAUCGUACAAAAUGCUGGGCAAUGUCUGUCUCACCGACAGUCAAAUAGAGCAACGGUUCAGAUCGUACUUCACUCGCUGUCAUCCCCACUUGCCUUUCGAAAUGGCAACGACCUCUGCGGACGAAGUCUUCAUGAAGAGUUCUCUUCUGUUCUGGGUCAUUUGUGCUGUUACUUCGAGCUGGAGGAUCCAACUCCAACUUUCUCCUUCAAUCAAAAGUAUGGUUGCAGACAGCAUUCACGCUUACCCACGCUCAAUCGAGACCGCGCAAGCCAUCCUUAUUUUGUGCAUGUGGCCCUUCAAGAUUUCCGGCAUGAGGGAUGACCCAUCUCUGAUGUACAGUGGCAUUGCCACUCAGAUGUGUCUGCAACUUGGACACCCAUCCUCCAGUCAGCACGCCUCAGCCAAGUCGACGCCUGAUGGUAGUGGUGGAGUAGGGGAAGCUUGCGAUCAAACAUCUACGUUGUUAGCGUGUUUUAUCGUCAACCGGGUACAUUCUGGUUACCUGGGGCUCCCCGCAACCACUUUGGCUCACCCAAAAAUCCUGAGAGCCUUUGAAGAUCCUGCAAUUGACCCUACACUUUCACAGCUCGGUCGAAUCUAUCAUCUGGUGGGCGAAGCGAUCGUCGCGAUCGGUGCAAACGGACCUUGUCCAACAGGCAUGUUAGAGCCGGAUUCUCGAUUGACGAUGAUAAAGGUGUACGGAGAGCAACUUUCCGAGCUCCAGGAGAGAUAUCUUCAGGGCAUGAAGGGUAUAGUAAAGGUGUCGUACUUUUUCGCUCGCCUUCAGAUAUGGUCGUUUGCUCUGUUGGAUGAUAUGAUAUUCUCCGAAGAUCUGAUCAAGAUCUAUCACAGCGCUGAGGACGAGGCGUGCCAAAUAAUCGAACUUUGCUAUGAUAUGAAUCUUGCAGCGAGCCCCUAUCACUUCCGACGGGCCAUCUGCUAUAGUGGGUUCGUGCUCGUGAAGAUACUUCGUUCUCCCUACUGUCACAUGAAACGCGAACUUCUCGAGGACAACGUCGAACGAGCCCGCCAGGCACUAAGCACCACUGCCAGCUCACCCGACGAUAUUUUCUGCAAAGCCUGCCAGGUUCUGGAAGAACUGCUAUACUUAGAAGACAAGAAGCGGACAGCUCCUAUUUUCUCUAGAAUGGGCGCAUCCAUGAUGUUUGACAUGCUUCGCAUCUAUUGGGAGAAUUGGCACGACAGAAACAUGCCUGAGGAGGUACCUUCUCUUCUUGAUCUUGACGCAAUCGACUGGGGUACCCUAGGAUUGUGA